AUGCAGCACGCGAAGGAGAAGGUGAAGGACGGCGCGAGCGCGGCCAAGGCCAAGACCAAGGUGGCGCAGGCCAAGGCGGAGGAGAAGGCGGAGACGGCGACGGCGAGGUCGCACGCCGAGCGGGAGCUGGCGCACGAGCGCGGCAAGGCCAAGGUCGCCGCCGCCAAGAUGGAGCUGCACCAGGACAAGGCGCUCCACCGCGAGGAGGCCAUCGAGCACCGCCUUCACAAGCACGGGCACGGGCUCGCCGGCGGCUACGGACACCACAACAAGCAUGGAGUGGCCGCCGCGCCGGCAACGGCGCCGGUGCCGGGUGCCGGAGCGUACUAUCCUCCUGCCGCCGGCACUGGCCACUACUAA